CUCAGCACCCCUCCUUCCCCUGUGUCUGACACUGACUUCAAGGGAGGAGUUGAGCCAAUUAUCUGUGAGUCCUACAGAAGGAAAAUCUGCAAUUUGCCAGUAGUUGUGAGAGCGAGAGGGAGAAAGGCAGGGAGGGAAGAAGAAAGACUUAAUUGGCAAAUGUAAAGAAAAGCCCCUUCUGUCUUCAAAAGAGAAUAUUUUGAAGCAAAUUUCGGACCAGAAGAAAAGAAGCUCAGGGGGAAGGUGUGCCAGGCAAGACCUGGGUAAGUGUAGGUUCACCACAGACAGCUUCCAUGCCCCCACCGAUUUUUGCCCAUAGGGUCUGAGGUGGCUUAGAGGCAGGGUGGGCCAGCUGGAUGCACCCACGACCCUGCUCGACCAGGUGACGCUUCAGAGACCCCUUCCCCACAGCAGAGCCUACGAAACACAACUUGCAAGAAAAGCCGGUGGGAGUGGGAGAGAGUCUGCCUCUCCUUCUCUUGAACUGAGGCUGUGAGGAGAAGAGCUCAUCUCACCAAAGGGAAACCUAUCACUGGUCCUGAGACCCUUCUUCAGCCCUUGUCAGUCACCAGAUCCAGUACCUGCCAUCCAUGGGGGAACGUGCUGUGGAGCCCUGCGGUCCUUCCAAAUCCUGCUAAGUUCCUGGGAAAUACUGGUGAAGAACUGAGCCCAGAGCAAGCAACGUGGGAUCCACAGAGCAACAGCCUUUUACAGCAGCAGCCACCUCUGAUUAAAAUUAUCAGCUUCACCAGACUGUACCAAGACGCAGGACUGCUCCUCCAAGGAGAGAGGACCAAGCAAUGAUGAAGACUAUGUCCGGUGGAAACUGCACCCUGAAUGUGCCAGCUAAGAACUCGUACCGCAUGGUAGUGCUGGGAGCCUCCAGGGUGGGGAAAAGCUCCAUUGUCUCACGCUUUCUCAAUGGCCGGUUUGAUGAUCAGUACACUCCCACCAUCGAGGAUUUUCAUCGCAAGGUCUACAACAUUCGGGGAGACAUGUAUCAGCUGGACAUCCUGGACACCUCUGGGAAUCACCCUUUUCCUGCUAUGAGAAGGCUUUCCAUCCUGACAGGGGAUGUUUUCAUCCUGGUAUUCAGCCUGGACAACAGAGAAUCCUUUGAUGAGGUCAAGAGGCUCCAGAAACAGAUCCUUGAGGUCAAAUCCUGCCUGAAGAACAAGACCAAGGAAUCAGCUGAUCUUCCCAUGGUGAUCUGUGGCAACAAAAGUGAUCACAGUGAAAUCUUCCGCAAGGUACGUUCAGAUGAAGGCGAGAACCUUGUCUCCAGCGAUGAAAACUGCGCUUAUUUCGAAGUUUCAGCCAAGAAGAACACCAAUGUGGAUGAGAUGUUCUAUGUCCUCUUCAGCAUGGCCAAGCUACCUCAUGAGAUGAGUCCUUCCCUCCACAGGAAAAUCUCAAUCCAGUACGGUGACACUUUCCAACCGAAACCCUUCCGCAUGCGCCGAGUCAAGGACAUGGACGCUUAUGGUAUGAUCUCUCCCUUUGCUCGCCGGCCAAGCGUCAACAGUGACCUGAAGUAUAUCAAAUCGAAAGUUCUCAGGGAAGGUCAGUCCAGGGAGAGAGAGAAAUGCACGAUCCAGUGAAGAGGGCUUGCACUUCUGUCUGAAGUCAUCAUCCACAUGCAGUGCCUUAAAGAAAAACGAUCUGUGGAAGCACAGAAUGGGCUUAUGGGGUUCGAGAAAACCCAACAUGGAGAAAGGAUAACUUCCUGUGGAUUCUGCUGAGUCACGAAUGUAAAUAACAUCGUUCUUGUAAAUGACUGGGAAAAAUCACAUGCCUGAGAUACGAGUGCAUUUCUCUGUCUGUAAUGUAGCUCCUUGUCAUUCCCUGGUUUGUUUAAAGAAUACAGACCUGAGACGUAAAGACAUUUGAACUUCAUCCUUACAAAGAAAGUAGGUAAAAAAUGCACAAAAGGCAUUAACAGUUACCCAGCAUGCAGCUCUUGCUAAAAGAGAGGAGGUUAUGUAUGUGCGUGUGUGCGUAUCCCUGUGUGUCUGUAUGUGUGUGUGCAUGCAUGUGUGGAGCACUCCUUUAAAAAAAUGGGACUUGCAUUUCAAUGGGCAGCAGUCUUAAGAGAGGUUUCCCAGACUGGGAGUGGACUCUAUAUACAGAUGCAUGAUUUCUGAGAGGACCUGCAUUAAGAAGAUAUUGAUUUUGUGUUUGCUGGGACAGUUACCAUUUGAUAUGUUGGUUUGUAUCAUAGAUUUUAUUUGUUUGGUUUGUUGGGUUCUUUUGUUGUCUUGGGGUGGGUUCUUAGCAAAAUCAGAUGUCAAGUGCAUUUGACAUCAAAACAGUGUCUACUUUCUAGGAGUGAAAGGUCAUCUGUAAAACUAUAAUAUGUACAUUGAUUGACAGUGAAAUUGUUCUGCAAAAAGCCAAUACAUUUGACUGCUUUGCAAGCCUGGUGUGAUAUUGUUUCUCAAAGCCUCACUGACUUUGAAUACCGUAGUAUAAAUGCCACCCUUUGCCUUGCUAGCAGCCAGAGCAAUGGUUCCAUCCUCUGCCUGUACGAGCUGAGACUGACCAGAUUCAUAUUAGACCACUUCAGAGGCAGGACUGGGUUUUCCUUCAGAAUUAAGAACUGAACAGUUGUAGGACCAUCUCCGUUGUAUUUCUUCUGUUAACAUGCCUUUAGUAAUUUUGUUCAUGGUUUUCCCUGUUGUCUGAUAAAAGUUGCCUUGAUGGAAAACUUUGCACUCUAGAAGGCCUUCAGAACAGAAGAUCUGUGCUGGCAAUCCACACAGGGCUGAUCUAGCUGGCCAUGGCCACAUAAAUCUGGGGCUUUGCAUUCACUGCUUCCCUUUCUCAGCCCAGUCCAGGCUUCCUUGUCUUCAGCUCUCUCCCUGUUCUGCUUCUGGCUCUGUUGUUCAAUGUGCUCCUGUAUGCCCUCAAAGCCCAAUAUAUUCUCUCAGCUGUGAGCUUUCCACUCUCACUGACUGGAAUGAGGUGUGUGCACACGUAACUGUGGGCAAAGCAUCGCCCCAAAACUGCACACAACAGAAGAGUACAUAUGUUACAUAUACCUCAGAAUGACCUUCAGAUAAUCUUGUCCCUCCCUCACCCUCAAAUUCUGUUCUUGGCUGUACCUGCCUUGCUGCGUCCUGGGCAAUGCUGUGAGCUAGUUCAUGCUAUAAAUUGACAGAAAACCAAGAAUGAUGGUUGUCUGUAAAAAUUAGGCUGUGCGACUCAAAAUCCCAUAUUCAUUUAUCACCUCCACCCUUCGUUGGUACUAUAUAUUGACUGGUAAAAUACACUGUUCUUUUAUUCCAGUUGCCAGGGCAGCAUCUUUCAGAUCACACCCCCCCCCCCCCCAUCAAUAAAUAUGUACAUGGUUUAUGAUUAAACUUGUUUUAUUUA